ACAUAAGAGAGACCGCACGUUCGACAGAUGAGCAUAUUGACGCCUCCCGCGAAAGAGUUAACGUCGAAGGAACUUUUUGCUUGAAAAUGGCCCCGUCAAAUCUGGUGGCAUGCCUGGCGCUUGCAACUAUGGCAGCUGGUGGCUUUCUACCGGGUCGCCAGGAACCUGUUGACUUCGUUAGGGUGGUACAAGUGUUCCCACGAGCCGUGACCGUCUACACCUCAACCAACGACACCGUUAUGCUGUGCACAACUGCCACUCGUUCAUACAUGGAUCUUGAGCAGAAGAAGGCCGGCUACGUCUGGGAAUUAAAAGGGCACGGUGGUUCUGCCAAAAAAAACAUUACUGUCAAUUGGCAAGAAGGAGAUGCCCCUGACCGGCCCACCUACUACAUCGACGACGAUCUGAAGCAUUAUCACGUUGGCCAUGGCCUCUACACCGACUACGACACAUGUUUGGUCCUGAAAAUGUUUGUCCUUGACUAUGAUCAGUGCAUGCUGUGGGUAAAGCCCGAAGUCGUUGAUGAAAUUCCUCGACACUGCCGUCAAAACUACAAACGGUACUGUCACGUCAGACACGCGACGUACAACCGAGAACUGUGCGAGGACAACCAAUAAAGACGAAAAUGCCGUCCAAGCUGAA